AUGAAUGUAAAGGAACAAAGCGGGAAAAAACGGAAUAUCUACAGAUUUAAAAGAAAGAGAACUCUUGUGAGGCCAAUUUUUGUAGUAUUCUUGUUGAUUUUUUUACACACAGUAGUGGAUUAUGUGUUAUCAAAUAAAAACACAGGGAGGGAUAAAAAGAAGAAUGCAGAUGGUAAGAAAGGAAUGAAUAAAAAAAACAAAUCCGCUUCGUCAGGCGGAUCGCACAGUGAUACUAGCCGCAUUGAUAAAAGGCACAGCGAUAACGAGUACAGUGAUAGCAAGUACAGUGAUAGCAAGCACAGUGAUAGCAAGCACAGUGAUAGCAAGCACAGUGAUGAUGAUAAUAGUGGCAAGAGUGGGAAGACAGGAAGUAAGAAAUAUAAAAAUAAAAAGAAAAGAUCAAAGGACAAUAAAAAAAUAAGUGUAGAUGACCAUUUUGGACAAGUAAAUGAGGAGGACACAAAUAAUAAUAUUGGUUCUGAAGAAGACCACUUUAUGGAAGACUUUAGUAAAUUUGAAAAGAAUUUUCAUCAAGAUUUACAAGACGAGGAUGGUAGUCUUGAUUAUAUGGAGGAUGAAAGUGAAUAUGGAGAAAAUGAACAUGAAAUUCCGGAUAAUCCAAAUAUUGAUGAAAAUUCAAAUGAUAUGAAACCAAAUGCUAAUGAUUACCAGUAUCAUGAGAAUGAUGAUAUAAUUGAACCUGAUGAUGAAUUAACAAAUAUGUGGAAUAAAAAUAUGCAGAAUUUUGAACCAUCUACUUUAUUAACAUUUGAAAUACCGGGUAAUUCUGAAGAUUUUUUAUUUGAAGAAAUUUUAAAACCUAACACAUAUUUUAGAGGUGUUUUUUAUUCAAAUAAUGAAUCUGAAGAUAAUAAAAUUGAAUUUUUAAUUUCGGACCCAGAUUCCGAAAUAAUUUUUAGAAAGGAAGCUAGUGAAGGUAUAUUUUAUUUUUAUACUGUAAAAACAGGUGUAUACACUAUAACCUUAAGAAAUAAUAAAUGGGUAGGAAAGAAGUUAACAACUGUUGCUUUAGGAUUAGGGGAAAAUCCUUCAUUGAAAUCGGAUGAUAUUAAAAGUUUUACGAACUAUAUAGAUAAGAUUCUUUCGGAAACAAGGAAAUUGAAAAAUGAAAUAAAAUAUUUAUCAUCAAAACAUAUGUCACAUAUGCAUAAAAUGAAAAAAAUUACAAACAAGGCUUUCCUAUAUUGUUUUAUCAAAUUAUUUGUACUCAUUUUCUUGUCCUUAUUCACCAUAUAUUAUAUUAAAAACUUGGUCAUGAACAAACGAGUUCUUUGA